ACAAACGAGUAUUGCAGCUAACUUAACACCGUAAUAAGCAGAAUUUGCAGAGAAAAUAUAUUGAAAAAAAUUGUGUGUAUAGCAUGUAAAAACAAAGUUUUGUUUUUGUUCCAUCACGAUUGCAAAUACAUAACGCGCAGCGUAAAUCACCAAGCAAAAAUAAGAAAGAAGAAAACCAAACAAAAAGAGAAACAAAUGCUAGAAAAUGUUGCUACCCGAAAAAGACGUUUCUGUUGACUAAUAACAAGAGCGCGCGUGUGUGUAUGCGUGUGCAUGUGCAUGUGUGUGUGUGUAUACGCAUGUGUGUGUGUGGAGUGCAGAAAUGUUUUCCAGCGUUGGCAGCCAUGGAAUUAGCGUUGGCAUUGCCUCCACCGUGCAGGACACCGAUGGCUAUGACUUCACAAAGGACGAGAAUGCGGCCCGUUGGCGCGGGUUAUUUAUACAAUCUUUGCGCAAGGUGCUGGAGCAGGUGAAUCCGCGCGUAACAGCCAAAGAAGAUGCCUUGCUAUAUGUGGAGCAUCUGUGCGUACGCCUGUUGGCCAAGCUGUGUGCCAAACCCUUGCCGCAUUCAGUGCAGGAUGUGGAAGUUAAAGUAAUCAAAUCAUUCCCAUCGCCACUCGACCAGCGCGCCCUUAAGGAGAUCAACGAGCUAAUCAAUUCGAAGAAACGCAAAUGUCUGCUUCCAACAGAACGUGUCCAUACGUUGUUGCAGAAGGAUGUCCUUCAGUAUAAAAUUGAUAGCUCAGUAUCGGCAUAUCUAGUCGCUGUGCUGGAAUGUAUUUCGUCUGACAUAUUGAGAACGGCCGCCGACUAUGUUUGCCGUAUUGCACACAGCGAGAUUGUUAAGGAGGACAUUGAAGUGGUCUUGAACGCGGAUGGCAUGAUACUAGACAUGCUCAAUAGUAGCGGCGAGGAGCUCAAAUGCAAUGUCCUGCCAAGUCCGUUGUCGUUGCCGGCGCAACGAGCAAGUGCCACAUAUGAGGAGACGGUAAAGGAGCUUAUCAAUGAUGAGAAACAAUAUCAAAGGGAUUUGCAUAUGAUUAUACGUGUCUUUCGCGAAGAGCUGGUGAAAAUAGCGCGUGAUCCAAAGGAACUCGAACCUAUAUUUUCCAACAUUAUGGAUAUAUACGAGGUGACUGUGACGCUGUUGGGCUCUCUGGAGGAUGUUAUUGAGAUGUCACAGGAGCAGAAUGCGCCAUGCGUGGCGAGCUGUUUCGAGGAGCUAGCUGAGGCCGAGGAGUUCGAUGUGUAUAAGAAGUACGCGCACGAUGUAACAUCGGCGGCAUCACGAGAGGCACUCAGUAAUCUACUGGCCAAACCUGAUGCAUUGUCGUUAAUGUCGGCGGGUCAUGGUUUUCGAGAGGCAGUCAAGUAUUAUUUGCCCAAGCUGCUACUGGUGCCCAUUUGCCAUGCAUUUGUUUAUUUUGAUUAUAUCAAACAUUUGAUGGAUCUCAGCACAUCACAAGAUGACAUCGAGAGCUUUGCCCAGGUGCAGGGACUGCUUCAUCCACUGCACUGCGAUCUCGAGAAGGUGAUGGCCAAUCUGUCGAAGGAGCGACUUUUGCCGGUCAGCGGUCGCGUGCGUCGACAAAUGGCUAUCGAACGCACACGUGAGCUGCAGUUGAAAGUGGAGCACUGGGAUGACAAGGACGUGGGUCUCAAUUGCAACGAGUUUAUAAGGGAGGACGCUCUCAGCAAACUCGGCUCCGGGAAACGUAUCUGGAGCGAGCGUAAGGUGUUUCUUUUUGAUGGUUUGAUGGUGCUCUGCAAAGCGAAUACGAAGAAGCAAACCCCUUCGGCAGGUGCGACUGCAUAUGACUUUCGUUUAAAAGAAAAGUUCUUUAUGCGUCGUGUGGAGAUCAACGAUCGUGCGGACACGGAAGAGCUGAAGCAUAGCUUUGAGCUAAUCACACGGAUGCAUCCUGCUAUUAUUUUGUCAGCUAAGAAUGCACAACACAAAAACGAUUGGAUGGCCGAUUUGAUAAUGGUGAACACAAAGUCAAUGCUAGAUCGCAUAUUGGAUAGUAUACUGCAGGAUAUUGAGCGCAAGCAUCCGUUGCGCAUGCCCAGCCCGGAGAUCUACAAAUUUGCUGUGCCCGACAGUGCAGAGAAUAUUGUGCUUGAAGAACGGGACAGUGGGGUGGUACCAAUGAUAAAGGGCGCUACUCUGUGCAAACUAAUCGAACGGCUGACCUAUCACAUCUAUGCGGAUCCAACAUUUGUGCGCACCUUCCUCACCACAUAUCGGUAUUUCUGUUCGCCCCAGCAGCUGCUCACUCUGCUAAUGGAACGUUUCGAAAUACCUGAGCCCAGUUUGGUAUAUCAAGAGCAACAGCAGCAUUCAAAUAAUAUUGGCAGUAAUGUCAAUGCCGAUCUCGAUAAGGAUGCUGCUGCCACAACGGUAGAUAGCGAUAAAAUGUUAAAGAACUCGCAGCGUGAGGAUUGGAAACGGUAUCGCAAAGAGUUUGUGCAACCAGUGCAAUUUCGUGUGCUAAAUGUACUAAGGCAUUGGGUGGAUCAUCAUUUCUAUGAUUUUGAGAAGGACCCAACAUUGCUGGAAAGACUGUUGCAGUUUCUCAAUGAAGUUAACAGCAAGUCCAUGCGCAAAUGGGUUGACUCGGUGCGCAAGAUAGUCGAUCGCAAGAAUAAACAAAGCAAUAAAAAGAUCGUUUAUGCCUACGGUCAUGAUCCACCGCCCAUUGAAUAUCAUCUGAAUGUGCCUGAUGAUGAGAUAACGCUGCUUACCCUACAUCCACUGGAGGUGGCGCGUCAACUCACUUUACUGGAGUUUGAGAUGUACAAGAAUGUAAAGCCAUCGGAAUUGGUUGGGUCGCCCUGGACCAAAAAGGAUAAAGAGCUAAAGAGUCCCAAUCUGCUAAAGAUCAUGAAGCAUACGACAAAUGUGACGCGUUGGAUUGAGAAGUCUAUCAUGGAGGCAGAGAACUAUGACGAACGCCUGGCCAUCAUGCAACGAGCCAUUGAGGUGAUGAUGGUAAUGCUGGAGCUAAACAAUUUCAAUGGCAUACUCUCGAUUGUGGCAGCGAUGGGCACCGCGGCUGUGUUUCGUUUACGUGCCACUUUCAAUGGACUCCCGGAACGGCACCGCAAGUUCUUGGAUGAAUGCAGGGAGCUGAGCGAGGAUCAUUUAAAGAAAUAUCAGGAGCGUUUACGUUCCAUUAAUCCACCCUGUGUGCCAUUUUUCGGUCGCUAUCUCACAAAUAUAUUGCAUUUGGAGGAGGGUAAUCCGGAUCUGUUGACCAACACAGAGCUUAUAAAUUUCUCAAAGCGGCGAAAAGUGUCGGAAAUAAUUGGCGAAAUACAACAAUAUCAGAAUCAGCCUUAUUGCCUGAACGAAGAGCCAACCAUACGGCACUUUUUCGAGCAGCUCGAUCCCUUUAAUGGAAUGUCGGACAAGGAGAUGUCGGAUUACUUGUACAAUGAGAGUCUACGCAUUGAGCCGCGCGCCUGUAAAACAAUACCAAAAUUUCCCCGCAAAUGGCCAAACAUUCCGCUCAAAUCGCCGGGCAUCAAACCACGGCGGCAGAACCAAAAUAACAACAGUAACAAGUUGCCUAGCAAUGUGGCAGCUAAUGUGGAUCCUCCUCCAAUGGCAGCAGCAGCAGCAGCAACAACUACAACAACUACAACGACAGCAGUCAGCAGCAGCAGCAGUAUUGGAGAUCAAAGUCCCCAGCAUAAUCCGCACGCAUAUUCAGUGUUCGCUCCGGUCAUAAUACCGGAGCGUAAUGGCGGGCAUAGCUGGAGUAGCCAUGCGGUGCAACCACGCACUACAGACAAUGGGGAGGUGGCGCCGGCGCCGCAUCUGCCCCGCAAGCCGGCAGCGCAUGUUUGGACACAGAAUAACAGCUAUGCGCCAACGGAAGGAUUUAUGCCAUCAGAUCAACAGUUGCCAUCAGCAACAGGCAGCAACUGGACUAUGUCCGAUUGUUAUGUGAUUUCGGAUACAGAGGCGAUGCCGCCAUCGCCUUUGCCAAAGCUGAUGAUUAGUCCGCGGCAUGAGGCGACAGCGCCACCACCGCCGCCGGUGCCACCAGCCAGCAACCGUUCACCAUUCCAUGGACGCGCUGCACAAACGCAAUACAGUCCUACGCACAGCAUAGCUAGCACGGUGACACUUAUUGGGGGCGGUGGCUUAGGGGAUGUUAGUCCGCAACUGGGGGGCUUCUACUGCAACAGUGAACAGAGCCAGCAGCAGGGACAGCCGCAACCGGGUGCGGUGCCCAUAUCCCCGCAUGUAAAUGUGCCAGCGGCCAAUAGCAUGGAGUACCGAGCUGUGCCGCCGCCGUUACCGCCUCGACGUAAGGAACGCACUGAAAGCUGUGCGGAUAUGGCACAGAAGCGGCAAGCUCCUGAUGCACCUAUACUACCUCCGCGUGAUGGUGAGCUAAGUCCGCCGCCCAUACCGCCUCGCCUCAACUAUUCCACGGCAGCGGGCUAUGGUCGUCAGCCCAAGGAGUUUGUAGGCAAAAGUAGCAGCUUGUUGUUGCCAAACACGAGCAGUAUUAUGAUACGCCGUAAUUCGGCCAAACAACCAUCGCUGGGCGUCAAUACGUCAGGCACCUCCAAUAAUAACAACACCAAUGCAACAAUUGCAGCGGGUAGCGAAGAUCCUCAGCAACAGUUACAACAUCAGCAGCUGCAACAGCAGCAACAGCAGCACCAACAACAACAACAACAAUUGCAGCAACCACCACAGUCAAUCUCGCCAGCACUAAGCUCCUCGACAACCACAUCCCCUAUGACACCUAUGACGCCCAUGUCACCGUACAUUCCCAGCACUGUAGACGGUUCCAGCAGUUACCCCCAACAGCAAUACCAACUGCAGCAGCAGCAUCAAAAUCGCCAUCGGCCGCUAACGCAAUCUCAACAGCCCGUGGCUUGUGGACAACAUAAUUUUCAACAACAGCAACAGCCGCAUCAUUCGAAUUCGCAUCCUCAUACGCAUCAGCAUCCAUCACAUCACCCGAACAGACGCUCGUCCCCAAAGGAAUUCUUUCCUAUUGCCACGAGCCAUGAUGGCACACCCAAACUUCCACCAAAACCUAGUCUAAGCGCAAACUUCUACAACAAUCCAGAUAAAGGUACGAUGUUUCUUUACCCAAGUACAAACCAAGAAUAAUAUUUAUUGCCUAGCGAUGUGUGAUAGGACAAAAAUAAAACAAAAAACAAAUUAGGACAGAAUACCACAAAGAGAGAUAGAGAAAAGGUAAAACGUGGCAUCAAGUGCAUAAAAAAUAGAAAAUAUAAAUGAUAUAGAUACAGGAAAAAAAAUGUAUAUGUAUGUGUAUUCAAUAUAUAGUAUGGACCGAGUUAAAUGCGAUAAUUUUUAUUAUUCAAAACUAAAACAAAAAAAAAUUAAAAAAAUAAAUAAAAAUCAAAUUAAAUCCGAGAUUGAAAAGAGGAUGUAUGUUAUAAUAAAUUAUAUUAUAAGAAAUUGUAAAUACUGAGAACAUUGUAUUGAUCGUAGCCCGUAAAAACAAUAAAGUAUAACACUAUUGUUAGA